AGUUUAAGGGAGCGUCGUCAGAGAGAGAGAGAGAAAGCAACAGCAGCAACCAAAAAAAAAUACUCUCUCUCUACUCUCUGCGCUUUAAUUUGAACUUGUCGAGAGAGAGAGAAGAGAAACAAAAAGGGUUAUUAGAUAGAGAGAUAGCAGAGAGAGAGGUAGAGCGAGAGCGAGCAAAGCUUCGGCUAGGGGAUUGUGGUUUAGACGAGAUCCGAUUUAAAGGAUCCAUUUGGAGCUCCGAUUCGAGCUAAAAGGUCAUGAACGGGAGACAGAGAUCUGGCGCAGCGGCGGUUCAUCACCAGAGGCAGCUCUCCGAUAACCCUCUCGACAUGUCUUCCUCCAAUGGCAGAUGGCUUCAAUCCACUGGUCUUCAGCAUUUUCAGUCAUCCGCCAAUGAUUACGGAUACUAUGCUGGUGGGCAAGGAGGUGGGCAAGCAACAAGAGGAUACCAGAAUGCUCAGAGAGGGUUUAAUGGAGGAAACGACUUUUUUGGGGAACCCACUACUCCUCAAUACGGUGCUCGUCCCACCAACCAGAGGAAGAACAAUGAUGAAUCUGAGUUUAGUCCUGGGCUCUUAGAUCUGCAUUCUUUUGAUACUGAGCUUCUUCCUGAGAUUCCAGUCUCUAGCCAACUAGAUGGCCCCUCACUUUUCAAUCCUAGUCAAACCCAAAGCUUUGAUGACUUUGAAGCUUACAACAAGCAGCCUAACCGUAGUCGCGUUUUGGCUGAAAACUUGGCUGCUGAGAAGGAGAAGAUGAACGCUGUUGCUAAGAUCAAAGUUGUUGUGCGUAAGAGACCACUUAACAAGAAGGAGUCGACAAAAAACGAGGAAGACAUUAUUGACACGCAUUCCAAUUGCUUAACAGUUCAUGAAACAAAAGUGAAGGUUGACUUAACUGCUUAUGUUGAAAAGCAUGAGUUUGUGUUUGAUGCCGUGCUAGAUGAGGAAGUAUCAAAUGAUGAGGUUUAUCGUGAGACGGUGGAGCCUGUAGUCCCCCUCNUAGCUUGGUUGACAGAAGAAACCUCGACAAUGGCGCCGCCGCGGAGUACUUGA